UUUUUUCGGUGUUUGACGGUUAGCAUAAAGCCAAAAACAUAUAAGCUUCGUCCAAAUUUACAUAGCAUGUCGGAAGCGAAGGGAAUGGUGCCUUGGGAAUUAGAAUGGCUCUCCUCGGAUCAAACAUAACAAGCGAAGUUGGACUCCGUUUGCUCCUUUGUCCUCUUGGAUCCAACGUUGUAAUUCGAACAGCAUGCUGCACUGUGGGAGUUGCUUUGCCUGUGUACUCUACGUUCAAGGCAAUAGAAAGUAAAGAUCAAAAUGCUCAAAAUAAGUGUCUUCUAUACUGGGCAGCCUAUGGUUCGUUCAGCCUCGUUGAAGUAUUCACUGACAAGUUUAUUUCUUGGUGUCCUAUGUACUAUCACCUGAAGUUUGCAUUUCUUGUUUGGCUUCAACUUCCACCUACCAGUGGAGCAAAACAAUUAUAUUCAAACCACUUGCGCCCCUUCUUGUUGAAGCAUCAAGCUCGAGUUGAUCGAGUCUUAGGUCUUGCAUAUUGUGAAGUAAUCAAACUGGUCAGUUCAUACCAAGCGGAGAUCAAGUUUGUCAAGAGCAUGGUAGUAAAGAUAGCUGGAUCAGCGGAUCAAACGUUGAGAGGCCCUGCUGAAUCAGAUAGAUCGCAGCAACACAGUUCAUCGGAAGACCCUGCGGUGCUCUCUGACGCUGAACCUGACCAAAACCCCAAUCAUGGAUGAGUGCUGCCCCAAGAGUCCCCUUAUACUGCGAGGAAUAAGAAAGACUUCUCUUAUUUUUCUCUAAUGUUAUCUUUUUAUCAGCGUUUUCAAGGGUAACGAUAUUAGGGACCUUGCAUUUUUCUAAUUUUUAAGUUUAGGAUGACAAUUGUUAUUCAGUGUCUUAAAGUAAUAAUGAAAGAAUUAAAAGUGAUAUUUUUAAUAGGUUAGCAUCACAUUUAAUGUGAUUAAUGCAGUUUUUACUGUGAUUUUAUUAACUUUUUAUAA